CCCUUACCCUCUGUUAUCAAAAAACAAAAAACCCUCCUCCUCCUCCUCCUCCUCCUCCUCCUCCGCGAGAACAGCUUUAACCAAGCUAUACCAGCGCGUUCGCCCACGAUCGAUCGCAGCCGUCUGUUCCUCAAUGAUGAUGCUGGUGGACUGCUCCGGUUGCCGGACGCCGCUUCAGCUGCCGCCGGGGGCCACAUCCAUACGCUGCGCCCUCUGCCAGACCGUUACCCACGUCGCCGACCCCCGCGAGAUCCCCCCUCCGGCCGCCACAUCCUCCUCCGCCUACGGCGGCAGCUACGGCCCGCCAGCGCCGCCGGGGCCGCACGGGACUCCGUGGGGCCCGCCGCCGUCGCCGCACGGGCGGAAGAAGGCGGUGAUUGUCGGGAUCUCGUAUCGCUACUCGCGGCACGAGCUCAAGGGCUGCAUCAACGACGCCAGGUGCAUGCGCUACCUCCUCGUCAACCGCUUCCACUUCCCCGACGCCUCCAUCAUCAUGCUCACCGAAGAAGAAACCGAUCCAUACAAAAUUCCGACGAAACAAAACAUUAGGAUGGCUAUGUAUUGGCUUGUGCAAGGUUGUCAGCCAGGAGAUUCGUUGGUGUUCCACUAUUCUGGGCAUGGUUCACAACAGAGGAGCUAUCAUGCAGACGAGGUUGAUGGAUAUGAUGAAACCCUAUGCCCGCUGGACUUUGAAACUCAAGGAAUGAUUGUCGAUGAUGAAAUCAAUGCUUCCAUCGUCAGACCCCUUCCUCAUGGGGUUAGGCUUCAUGCUAUAAUAGAUGCUUGCCACAGUGGUACUGUUCUUGAUUUACCAUUCCUAUGCAGAAUGAAGAGGAAUGGACAAUAUGGAUGGGAAGACCAUCGCCCAAGAUCUGGUGUUUGGAAAGGUACCAAUGGUGGGGAAGCCAUUUCUUUUAGCGGUUGUGAUGAUGAUCAAACUUCUGCUGAUACUUCGGCUCUUUCGAAGAUCACCUCGACAGGUGCGAUGACAUUCUGCUUUAUCCAAGCCAUUGAACAGGGUCAUGGAGCAACAUAUGGAAGUAUACUGAAUUCCAUGCGAUCAAGCAUCCGAAGCACUGACGCAACGAGCGGAGGUCCUGUCACAACAGUCCUCACCAUGUUGUUAACAGGAGGUAGUUUAAGUGGUGGUUUGAGACAGGAGCCACAGCUGACUGCUUGCGAACCAUUUGAUGUUUAUAUGAAGCCAUUCUCUCUUUGAUUUGCAGUUUCUUCCUCUUCUGGUGAUUGUGUACAGCUAAUUGCAGGAAGGGGUUUGCCAUCAUGGAGGGAGGCCAAAUCUUUCAUACAUUUCCCUGUACCAAUGAUGGAUUUGGUUUUUGAAAUUCUUAAAAUUGCUGAACUUUUUUGUAGAUAUACAAUCUUAUGUUUCAGCAGGGUAUAAUUUAACCGGUGUGAUUCAGUUAUUAAUUUAUUAUUGAAACAACCUUUUCCGAAA